GACCGUCCACCAUGGCCCCUCCUGCUGCAACUCUCCCCCAGCCCGCGGCUGCCGACGAGGCCAUCUUCUUCUCCAAGCUAUCGAAGACAAACGGCACGUCUAACGGCACGCAUGUAGACAAGAACGAGUAUGAUGUUCUAGAGAACUACGAGGGCAAGUACCGCUUUGCGCCCAUUGAGGAAGCGCAGGUCUCCAGGGCCAUGAUCAAGAGGUACUUCAACACGAUGUACGAACGCGCCGUCUCGGACGUCGUGAUCAUCGGUGCCGGAAGUGCUGGCCUAUCCUGCGCUUAUCACCUCGGGAAGUCUCGUCCUGAUCUGAAGGUGACGAUCAUCGAAGCAGGUGUCGCGCCUGGCGGAGGUGCUUGGCUCGGAGGCCAGCUCAUGACACCCAUGGUCGUUCGCAAACCGGCCGACCGCUUCCUCACAGAGAUCGGCGUCCCCUUCGAGGACGAGGGCCCCUUCGUCGUCGUAAAACACGCGGCGCUCUUCACCUCCACGGUCCUCUCGCGCGUGCUCGCGAUGCCGAACGUCGUGCUCAUGAACGCGACCGCGGUCGAGGAUCUCAUCGUCCGCGAGGACUUCGCCGGGCGCCAGCGCGUCGCGGGCGUCGUCACGAACUGGACGCUCGUCGCGCUAAACCACGACACGCAGUCGUGCAUGGACCCGAACGUCAUUACCGCACCGGUCAUCAUCACCGCGACGGGCCACGACGGACCCAUGGGCGCCUUCUCCGCGAAGCGCCUCGUCAGCAUGGGCCUGCUCAAGGAGCUGGGCAACAUGCGCGGUCUGGACAUGAACAGGGCAGAGCCUGCCAUUGUGAACGGCACUCGGGAGGUGGCUCCUGGUCUGAUCAUGACGGGUAUGGAGCUUUCGGAACACGAUGGGUCGAACCGUAUGGGCCCUACGUUUGGUGCCAUGAUGGCAAGUGGUGUCAAGGCUGCAACCGAAGCAAUCCGUAUCUUCGAGUCCGCUCGCAUCGUCGAUGGCAAGAUUGUAGGUUAAGCAAAAAGUGUAGAUCCAAAGCCGUCAAGAAAUAGGCAAUGU